CAGAUUUUGUAUGUGUAUGUGAAAAUACAUAUUUUAUUUUAGGUGUUUUGUCAUCCGAUGGUUGCCUUUUGAUGCUGCUGCUAACGGAUAUUCGCGUAGUGAAAUCUUGUCUGUGCUAUAUCUUCAAAAGGCAAAAAAUGCUAAAAGAAUUUAUGCUACAUCAUAAAUUCUUUUAUGCUUGGAAGCAUUCCUUGUAAGGGAGGAAGGAAGAUAUAUUACCAUCUUGUCUAGAUUACAUAGAAGCACAUGGUACCGCUACUAGGGCGAUCCUGAAGAAAUCAAUGCUAUCUAUACUGUUUUAUGUAAGGAUAGAAAAGCUCCGUUGAUGAUCGGCUCUGUAAAAUCCAAUUUUGGUCACGCUGAACCUGCCAGUGGUUUCACUCAGAUCGGUAAUAAUAGCAUUCGAAACCGGUUUUCCACCACACAUCAAUUAUACAUCACCACGAGAUGAUAUAGAUGCUUUUGUAAAUGGAGUCAUACAUGUGGUUACAGAAGCAAUACCACUUCAGAAUGGUUACAUCGGCAUUAAUUCUUUUGGAUUUGGGGGAUCCAAUGCUCAUAUGCUAUUAGAAUGGAAUACCAAACAGAAAGUUAACAACGCAACACCGGACAAUGGUUUGUCAAGACUUGUAUUGAUAUUGUCUGGACGCACUGAAGAAUCAGUAAAUUCGUUUCUAAAUGAUGUUGCUAACCAUUCGACAGAUGUCGAAUAUAUUCGUUUAUUACACGAUAUAUAUGCAUAUAAUAUAGAGGAUCAUCCAUGGAGAGGAUAUAUUAUAUUGGACAAUUUGCAACAAAAUUCAAUAAAGGAAAUCCAAAAUAAUGGGAAUGUAAAAAGAUCUAUUUGGUUUAUAUUCUCUGCCUUGGGCGCGCAGUGGCCAAAAAUGGGUACAUAUAUAAAAUAUUCUAUAUUUAAUAUAUAAUAGCACACUUAAAUCAUGAAAUGAUAUAACAUCUAAAUUAUAACUUUAUCAGGUCAAGAUUUAUUAAAAUUGGAUGCCUUUGCAAAUGCUAUAAAAAUAUGUGACGCUACUUUAAAAUCAUAUGAUAUAAAUAUUAUGGAUAUUUUGUUAAAGCAAGACGGAAAAGAAUGCCAAAGCAGUUUACACAUAUUUAUAGGCAUCGUUGCCAUUCAGAUUGGAUUGGUAGAUCUUCUAACAUCUUUAGAAAUUAAUGCAGAUUAUAUGAUUAGUCAUUCGGCUGGUAAACUUGGUUGUGCAUAUGCAGAUAAAUGUUUAACUAUUGAACAAACUAUUUUAUCGGCAUAUUUUAUUGGUUUGGCCUGUAUCGAAGAAAAUGUGAUUCACAGCUCUAUGGCAGUUGUGAAUCUUAAUUAUGAAUCUCUCAAAAAUAUAUGUCCAGCAAAUAUUGAAAUAGUAUGUUACAAUAGCCGAAACAGUAAUAUUAUAACUGGACCCAUAAGAUCCAUAAAAGAAUUUAUUAAAAAAUUACAGAUUAAUAAUAUUAACGUGAAAGAAAUCUCUUGCGAUAUACCAUAUCACAGUCAUUAUCUCGCACCCGUGGAAACUCAACUUUUAUUUAAUUUGAACAAAGUAAUACCACAACCGAAAAAGCGAAGUUCAAGAUGGAUCAGUAUUUCUGUACCUUGCAUCGAAUGGUCCAAUACGACAACGAAAUUAUCUUCAGCAAACUAUCAUACGCGUAGUAUAUUAAAUACUGUUCUGUUUAAACAAGCAACGAAGUUAAUCCCAAUUAACGCCGUGACUAUUGAAAUUGCACCGGAUGGUAUUCUGCAACAUAUUUUGAAAGAAUCUUUACAUCCAGAAGUGACGAAUAUCGUAUUGACUCAGCGCACUGAAAAUGUCACCAAUGUAACUAUGCGAGGAAUUGGAAAACUUUACAAUUGUAGCUUACAGCCGCAGAUCGUUAACUUAUAUCCACCAGUGAAAUUUCCAGUUAGUCGAGGAAUUCCUAUGAUCUCUCCAUCUAUCAGGUAUAUGCAUACAAUAGGUAUAUACAAUCCAAUGAAAGACACAUCGAAAUCAAUCUAA